AUGCAACAGAAGACCAUUUCCAAGUUACAGAAUGGUCAGCUAGAUCAACAGGACUUUUCCAAAGUUCAUGACGGAGCAGAAUGUCACCAGACAGGAUCAGUCAUGUUCCGGGCACACAUUCCAGACAGUCAGAUUACAAGAACAGCUAUGGAUCCUCGUUCUAAUGCCCAGGAUGUGCACCGAUGUGACCUUCGUGAGACCGCCAUAGUACACAGCUACUGUGACUUUUGUCAUGUCAAUCUAUGCAUUCCGUGUACAGGUUACACUGCCCACAUUCAUUCCAAAAGAAACGAGAAGCUCUAUAGUUUGUUUCACACUUCAGUCAGAGAACUACUGGAUGAACCAAAGCUAGUUGCCACAAUACAGACUGGACAUAGAACAACAAGAACAGUGUAUAAAGUAAAGACUAGCCAGACAGAAGAGUUAACCAGAUUACAGGGAUGGGCGCCCUUUAACCUAUGUGUCACCUCUACUGGUGAUCUCCUGGUCACAAUGUACAGUGAUGAUCAAACUCAAUCCAAAGUUGUCCGUAACUCCGGAUCUACAGAGAAACAAACAAUUCAAUUUGACUAUGAACCUUUGUACUCGGGGAACAGUUUUAUUAAAUACAUCACAGAGAUUAGAAACCAUGACAUCUGUGUAGCUGACUGUGAGGCUGGUGCAAUAGUUGUGGUUAAACAGAACGGGAAACUCAGAUGGAGAUACACCGGCCACCCUUCAGUUACCAAGAACAAACCAUUUAAACCAAGGGGUAUCACAACAGACAGUCAGAGUCGUAUCCUGACAGCAGAUAAAGACAACCAUUGUAUUUACAUUCUUAAUCAGAAUGGACAGUUUCUUCGUUACAUUGAUAACUGUUAUCUUGAGGAUCCAUAUGGAUUAUGUGUGGACAAUAAUGACAAUCUGUUUGUGUGUGAGGUUUACAAAGGCAAUGUAAAGAAACUCAAUUAUUUAAAGUAG